AUGGAGGCCACUAUAGUCUGCAUCGACAACAGCGAGUGGACCCGCAGCGGGGACUACGCCCCCACGCGGUUCCAGGCCCAGGCGGAUGCCGUGAACCUCUUGGCGGGCGCCAAGACGCAGGCCAACCCGGAGAACACCGUGGGCGUGCUGACCAUGGCUGGCAAGACGCCGCGCGUGCUCGUGACGCCGACGCCCGACCUGGGCAAGGUGCUCAACUGCAUGACCGACAUCCCCGUCGAGGGCGAGACCAACAUCGCCGCAAGCGUGCAGAUCGCGCAGCUGGCGCUGAAGCACCGGCAGAACAAGAACCAGCGGCAGCGCAUCGUGAUUUUCUGCGGCAGCCCUGUAAAGGAGGAGCAGGAGAAGCUGAUCAAAAUCGGAAAGAAACUGAAGAAGAACAACGUUGCGGUCGACAUCGUGUCUUUUGGCUGUGAGACCGACAACGACGAGAAGCUCUCGGCGCUGCACGGCGCCGUGAACAGCGGCGAGAACAGCCACCUGGUGUCGGUGCCGCCGGGGCCCAUGCUGAGUGACGUCCUCAUUGGGUCCGCCAUCUUCCAGGGCGAGGGCGGCGGCGCGUUUGGCGGUGGCGGCGGCGGGGGCGGCGGCGGUGGCGGCGGGGACGGAUUCGAGUUUGGUGUGGACCCCAGUCUGGACCCAGAGCUUGCGCUGGCGCUCAGACCCUUUCAGUUAGUCGCCGUCUACCUUGUGUCCUGA